CCACUAAACAUUUUCUAGGAGCUCAAAUUGCGCUUUCCAGCGGGCGAGUCCAUCACACUUGCCGCCAUGACCGAAGAUGCAUCAUCAUACCCUCCAAUCGAGCCGACCAACUUCGAUCUAAUCCUCCUCGGCACAGGCCUACCAGAAUCCGUGAUCGCCGCCGCCGCCUCCGCCAACGGCAAAACCGUCCUCCACCUCGACCCCAACCCAUUCUACGGCUCCAACUACACCUCCCUCUCCCUCCAAGACCUCUCCUCUUUCCUCAUUUCCCAUUCUGCCCCUCCUCCCUCUCCGCCCUCCGCCCCAUCCGACGGCCACGAUUUCACCCUCGCGGCUCUCACCGCCCGCCCCCUCUUCUCCCACGUCGAAAUUUCCUCUUUUGCCCCCGACGUCCUCGGCGAAGAACAUUCCAGAAAAUUCAACGUCGACUUGUGCGGACCUAGGGUUUUGUUCUGCGCCGAUAAAUCCGUGGAUCUGAUACUGAAAUCUGGAGCCAACCAGUACAUAGAGUUCAAGGGCGUUGACGCGAGCUUCGUGUAUAGCGAGAAUGGGAAAUUGACUAGCGUGCCGGACUCUCGGGCCGCGAUAUUCAAGGAUAAGAGCUUGGGGCUGACGGAGAAGAACCAGCUGAUGAGGUUCUUCAAGCUGGUUCAGCAACACUUGGACGGUGAAGGCGGCGGUGAGAAUGAGAGCGGGAAUUCAAGAAUUUCAGAGCAGGAUUUGGAGAGUCCUUUCAUCGAGUUCUUGAACAAAAUGCGGUUGCCUCCAAAGAUAAAAUCGAUUAUUCUGUAUGCUAUAGCAAUGGCCGAUUGUGAUCAGGACAACGUGGAGGUUUGUGAAGAUGUACUUAAGACAAAAGAUGGUAUAGAUCGCUUAGCUCUCUACAACGCAUCGGUUGGCAGGUUUCCAAAUGCACUUGGGGCUUUUUUGUAUCCAGUUUAUGGUCACGGGGAACUACCACAGGCUUUUUGCCGUCGUGCUGCUGUCAAAGGUUGCAUUCAUGUUCUGCGAAUGCCAGUAGUUGCCGUACUUAUGGACAAGUGUACUGGGCAUUAUAAAGGAGUUAGAUUAUCUUCAGGUCAAGACUUAUUCAGCCAUCAGCUAAUCCUGGAUCCAUCCUUCAUAGUUCAGUUGCCAUUAGCUUCAUCUCCACCAGGUCUGGGAAGUAUUAAAAGGAAAGUGGCUCGGGGAAUAUGCAUUACAAAGAGUUCCUUAAGGCCUGAAACAUCAAAUUUUCUGGUGGUAUAUCCUCCUAGAUCUUUGUUCCCUGAACAGGUUACGUCAAUUCGAGCUCUCCAAAUAGGUAGCGAUUUAGCUGUUUGUCCUUUGGGCAUGUUUGUAAUAUACUUUUCCACAUUGUGUCAUGAUGCCAACCAAGGUCAAAAGUUACUAAAUGCUGCCAUGGAUUCUCUUCUCACACUACCUGAGUCUGCACAUCCUGAAAGUAGUACAACAGUUCACAGUGAAAAUUCAGCAGAAGAAAAGCCCACUGUACUUUGGAAGGCGAUGUAUAUUCAGGAGCUUACCAUGGACCACUUUGAAUCUAUCAGCUCCACUCCCAUGCCAGAUGGAAAUCUUAAUUACAAUAAUAUUUUGCAUGCAACUUUGAAGCUAUUUCAGAAGAUGUAUCCCCUUGAAGAAGUCUUUCCAGAGACAGCCUCGCCUGAGAAUCCUGAGGAUGAUAAUGAGUUCAGUCUAGAGAGCUAACGAUGCUUUGCUGGACUUGAUUACAUUAUCCAUCUUACCACGGCUACGAAUCAUCCGCAACCUAUUUUGCCCACCAAUGCUUUGGCUGCAGGAAAUUGCUAAACUGUGGAUGGUUUGAAGUGUUGCUUAUUGUACUUGAAAAAGAGAACUUCACAAUCAACAAUCUACUUCCUCAAAUGUUUUCGCAAAUUUCUGUAGUAUCAUUUAAAAAAAGAAGAAAAAGAAACAAAUGCAGAUCUAGUAUUUUUCAUUUCCGAAAUUGUUAUACCAUUAUUCAACUCUACCUGAACUGCCCAACAGUGGCUUCCGUGGCACCUGUAUUAAAGUGUAAAAGAUCAUACAUGCAUACAUACAAAUUCUUGUAGGAUGUCAGAGUUUUGUAAUUUUUUUUCUAUCCGAGGACCCAUGAUAGAUUUGCUGGUGUGAUUUGAUUACAUUUCAUAUAUGUAAGUCAUUGUUAUUGUUUGAUAGUAA